AUGGCCGUGGCCUGCGCGCAUGCCCAGCCCGCGUGGGCGCUGGCGCUCGCGGCGCUGGGGCUGCUCGUGUCCGCGCGCGCCGCGGCGCGCCUCGCGCUGUGGUUGUACGCGGCGUUCCUCCGCCCGGCGAGGCCGCUGCGCCGCCGCUACGGCGCGUGGGCGGUCGUCACCGGCGCCACGGACGGGAUCGGCCGCGCGCUGGCCUCCCGCCUGGCCGGGGCCGGGCUCGGGCUCGUCCUCGUCGGCCGCAGCCCCGACAGGCUCGCCGCCGCCUCGGCCGACAUCAGAGCCAGGCACCCCGGCGCUCAGGUACGCACCUUCGUCCUGGACCUCGCCGCCGACGGGCUCGCCGCGAGGGUGGGUGCGCUCGGGGAGUACAUCCGGGACCUCGACGUCGGCGUGCUCGUGAACAACGCCGGCGCGUGCUACCCGUACGCGCGCUACUUCCACGAGCUGGACGAGGCGCUGGCGCGGGACAUGGUGCGGAUCAACGUGGAGGCCACCACGCGGGUGACGCACGCCGUGCUCCCCGGCAUGGUGGAGCGCGGGCGGGGCGCCAUCGUGAACAUCGGCUCCGGCGGCGCCUCCAACAUGCCGUCCUGCCCGCUCCACACCGUCUACGCCGCCACCAAGGCGUUCGUUGAUCAGUUCUCUAGAGCCCUCUACGUGGAGUACAAGAGCAAAGGCAUUGAUGUGCAGUGCCAGGUACCCAUGUACGUGGCGACGAAGAUGGCGUCCAUCAGGAACCCGAGCUUUUUCGCGCCGUCGCCGGAGGCGUACUCCCGCGCCGCCGUCCGCUACAUCGGGUACGAGCCCCGGUGCACGCCGUACUGGCCGCACGCUCUAUGGAAGCUCGUUUGGCUUCUGCCCGGGCCCGUCGCCGACAGGGUGAUCCUCAGCAUGGCCCUCGACGGCCGCGCCAAGGGGAGGGCCAAGGACGCCAGGAAGAAGGCGCAGUGAGCAAGUUCCUCUGGCUGCAGCUAACGCUGAGCUGCUGCUGGGUGUUUGUUUCUUCAGGCUACUUCCUGUCAGAAACGGGAGGUGAUAAUGUUAUUGGCAUUCUACCAACAUCUAUGUAAUCCUAGUAGGCUGGUAUAUAUGCUGUUUGUCUCUUAAUACUGCCGCCCAUAGGCUCAUGUAAAAUAUUGUGAUGGGACCCGCUGUUUUUGGCGGAAAUAAGUGUGGUGGACAUAAGAGUAUUUGUGUCAUAUUGAUCAUA